UAGUAAGAUCGAGCGCGCGCGGGUUUCACACGUAUUUUGAUGUUUAUAUAUUUUUUUCAAAUAUAAAGAGACUUUGUAAACACAUAAAAGAUUAUAUUUUCCGAUGUGAUUAGAAAAAUCUAGUUAGGUAUUUAAACGUUAAGUGUUUAAGAUAAGUGUAUAACAAAAGUGAACAAACAAGAUGUUGUACAGAACGUGUGCAAUCUUUUUGUUUUUGUUUUUAAGGAACGUGUCCACUCAAGGGGAUCGCUGCACCACGAAGGUUGGUCAACCAGGGACAUGCAUCAACAUUAGGAAGUGUCCGGCAGCCGUCGAGGAUAUCAAGAGGAGGAUCAACCCACAGAUUUGCGGGUUUGAGGGCACAGAUCCCGUGGUCUGCUGCGCUGAUUCCUCUAACAAUGUCCUCACUACGUCCACACAAAGAACUACAACAAUGUAUAUCCCUCCGAUAUAUGAUUAUGAGACGAAUAAUGGAGGUGGUACCUGCGAGCCAUUGGGACCAGAAAGAACUGCGCCUAAAAACGGACGGAAAGCUUGGGAUAAAUGCAUCGAGUACCAAGAAGAGCUGGUGUUCCCCUGCGUAGUAGGACCAGCCCUGACUGGAGAGAAGGCUCGUGUAGACCGGUGUGGCCACGGAGCUGAUGAGCUGAUUGUUGGUGGUCAAGAUACCACGCCCAGGGAGUUCCCUCACAUGGUGUUGUUAGGGUACGGAGACACGGCAGAGAGUGCCCAAUGGUUGUGUGGUGGAACUCUUAUCAGUGACCGCUUUGUGCUGACUGCAGGUCACUGUACCACCUCCAGGGACAACGGCGACGUAUCGUUUGCGAGGCUCGGAGCUCACAAGAGGACGGACCAGGUCGCAGCCGACCGCCUAUACAGGAUAGGCAGGAUCAUCAAACAUCCAAACUACAAGUCUCCAGUGAAGUAUAAUGAUAUCGCUUUACUGGAAACCCAGACGACGAUGAAAUUGGAUCAGUUUGCUGUACCUGCGUGCCUGCACAUCGGGGAUAACGUCAAUCAGGACAAAGCAAUUGCCACAGGGUGGGGUAGCGUGAGUUAUAACGGACCCACAGCUAAUACAUUGCAAAAGGUGACCCUAAACAAAUUCACGACUCCGGAGUGCACGAACAAGUUCCCUCCUGGAGUGCGCAACAUGUUACAAGGGUUCAACAGCCAGACGCAGCUGUGCUUCGGAGAUAAGAGGGAGAAGAAGGAUACCUGCCAGGGAGACAGCGGCGGACCCCUUCAAAUCAAGAACAACGCAAUCAAAUGCAUGUACACAGUCAUAGGGGUCACCUCAUUCGGAGGUCCCUGUGGGUUUGAAGGCGAGCCUGGUAUAUACACCAGGGUAACUGCCUUUACGCCCUGGAUUGAGUCCAUAGUCUGGCCUUAAUUAGACCAUUCUUAGGGUGGUAUUAGUAAACUAAUCUCAGCUGAGACUGCCCUCAAGACCAUGCUCAAGUCCCUGUUUUUAUAUAAGAACUGUCACAUUGACAUGAUCUCGAGAGCAGUCUCAAAGCUGAGAUUAGUUUAUUAACUCUUAGUGUGGGGGUCAGAGUGGCAUAUAAUAAGGAAUAAUACUUAUAGAACGGCAACUCUCUGCCCCGCACCAGCGGCUGAGCUAACUAUCACCGUGAGGGAGAGAGUGACAGAGCGUCUUCGUUUUUCGCUUUCUCGAACGCUGUGAUCGGUCAAAUCCGCACAUCGCCGCUCAUCUCCGCACAGCUCCGCGUCAAUGGAAACGCAGCCUUAGACUCAGAUUUAAGAUUUUGUACUUUUGUAAAAUAAAUAAUGAAAACAU